GAACACACUUGCACAUGCAUGAGGAUGUGGUGAACACCGCAGAGAUGCCCGCGCUCCCGCGGCUCGUGAUUAAGCCGUGGCAUUCCAUCGUGCCCUUCGGAAGCAAGCAGGGGACGCCCGUGAUCUCCUUAAAUUCUCCCCACACGCCCUAUCCUUUCAACCAGCCUCGAGGAUUAAACCUGACACACAUCCCUCCCUUGUAGGCUAGCUAAGCCCAAACCGGUGACCACCGUCCACCGCAGCAGCCAUAUUACCAAUCGCCGGCCAUUGGCUUUCACAAUUAACCACCAAACACAUUGUCAGCUUGCCACCACCGGCCGGCCGGCAAUGGCCAUGCCAUGGGCACGGCUCCUGGCCUGCGUGGUCGCCGUGCUGCUGCUGCUCGGCGCCAACGUAGUAGAGUCCGGCAGCCGGCACCAAGGCCGGCACCACGGGCGCAGCAGCAAGUCCCCCCUGCGUCGACCAGGCAAGAAGCAGGCAGCAUCGCCGGGGCCGGCAAAGAAGAGGAAUGAAACGCGGGAAGCAGAGGCGAUCGAGCUCGGGUUCACGAGCUGGGUGCAGUACAUGGGCGGGCCGGAGCACAGCGCCUUCCUGCGAGCGCUGCGGCUCAACGUCGACGUCCCCGCCCGCGGGGCGUCGUUCCUCUCGCCGGUGCGCACGCUGGUGGUGGAUAAGAGCCCCGGCGCGGGCAACUUCACGAGCAUCCAGGCCGCCGUGGACUCUCUCCCGCUCAUCAACCUCGCCCGCGUCGUCAUCCGGGUCAAUCCCGGCACAUACACGGAGAAGGUGAACAUAUCGCCGAUGCGGGGGUUCGUGACGGUGGAGGGGGCCGCGGGGGCGGAGAAGACGGUGGUGCAGUGGGGGGACACGGCGGAGACGGCGGGGCCCUGGGGCCGGCGGUCGCCGCUGGGCACGUUCGCGUCGGCCACAUUCGCCGUGAACGCGCAGUUCUUCGUGGCCAAGAACAUCACGUUCAAGAACACGGCGCCGGUGCCGAGGCCUGGGGCGCUGGGGAAGCAAGGGGUGGCGCUGCGGAUCUCGGCGGACAACGCGGCGUUCGUCGGGUGCAACUUCCUGGGCGCGCAGGACACGCUCUACGACCACCUGGGCCGGCACUACUACAGGGACUGCUACAUCGAAGGCUCCGUCGACUUCAUCUUCGGCAACGCCCUCUCCCUCUACGAGGGGUGCCACGUGCACGCGAUCUCGCCGCGGUACGGGGCGCUGACGGCGCAGGGGCGGACGAGCCUGCUGGACGACACGGGGUUCUCGUUCCUCAACUGCCGUGUGACGGGCUCCGGCGCGCUCUACCUGGGGCGCGCCUGGGGCACCUUCUCCCGGGUCGUCUUCGCCUACACCUACAUGGACAACAUCAUCAUCCCCCGCGGCUGGUACAACUGGGGCGACCCAACGCGCGAGAUGACGGUGUUCUACGGGCAGUACAAGUGCACGGGGCCGGGGGCCAACUACGCCGGCAGGGUGGACUGGUCGAGGGAGCUCACCGACGAGGAGGCCAAGCCGUUCAUCUCCCUCAGCUUCAUCGAUGGGUUGGAAUGGCUCAGGUUGUAGCACGAAAUUAAUGAACUCGACUGAUUUAUUAGUGGUACUAGCUACCUUGUGAAAACAAGAGGAGAAGCACAAAAGAAAGAAGUACGGAGUACGUAGCAGAGUAACUUGAUCUGGUCGCAAAAUUGGCAUGUCACACCGAUUCGUUUUGGCUGUCAUGAGUUUCUGACGAAGACAGAAAAGGCAGCAUGCAUUUGUGCAGUGUUGAGUGACUGACAACAUUUUA